AGCUGUGCAUAGAUGUGUUCAGGUGCAAUAAAACCGAGGCACUGCCCAUUAUUAUGUAAAAUGUGUUGGCUGCUGUAAGUACUAGAUAACGCAGAAGCUUCGAUAGCAAACACACCGAAUGAACUGCGCCUCCAGAUCAGCAGAGAAGACUGAGGGAAGGACAAGCACUGACUGCCAAGCAAGAAGAGAAAGAAAAAGAAAUGGACCAAAUUGGAUUUACAGCUUCGGCAUUAACAUCAAGCAGAGGGAUACUGCAUAUUAUUGAGAUUGUGAUCUGUGUUGUGGAUCAAGCCCUGCUCCAUAUCCAGCAGCAUCCUGGUCAUACCUAUUGGGUUUGGUGCAUGUUCACCUGGGUCUUCUGCGGUUUAAUGACACUGAUCAUUACCAUUAUUGAAAUGUUCAAGAUUGACUUGCUUUUAAAAUUUUUGAAUAUAAUGGACUGGGAUGACUUUGCCACUGGCAUGACUAUGACAAUGACCCUCAUGGUCUUUUCCACUGCUGUUAUCUAUCCUGUGUUCUACAUUUGUUCUCACUGCUACUUGGCUGUGGUAAUUACAAUCGUGACCUUGGCGUGUUUCAUCGUUUACAUUAUAGAUGCGGUGAUGAGUAAAUGUGCAACCAAGGGCAGCUAUCUGUGCAUUAUGCCAGGCUUCAUCAAGGUCCUGGAGGCCUUUGUGACCUGCAUCAUCUUCAUCUCCCUCAUUGGAUACGUUGGAAAGCCAGCACUGUACUGGUGCAUUGUGGUAUACGUCCUCCCGUUUCCUGUGACUCUGCUAUUUAUGGUUAUAAACAUUCUUCACCCGCUGAAAAACUGCAUACCGUGUAACUUGAAUAAGUAUGCCUUUUACAUACUUUUAGUGAUAGUGCUGCUAUACAUCAGUGCAGCCAUCAUCUGGCCCCUGUACAGUUUCAGAGACAACCCUCGUCCUGCUGACUGCCCUGGCAACUUCUGCAUCUGGAGCAUCAUCUUCAUAGUCACCUUCAUGACAUAUGUCAACCUCAUUCUUUACAUUGUGGACUGUAUUUGUACAAAGUUUGGGCUAUGUGGAUUUUAGAUAUAUCUGAAGACCUUUGUGAAUUCCAGCUCUAUCAUUGUUUAUGUUCCAUGAUUUCAUCCGUAGUGUAGUCUAUGUAGACUAUGUCAGUAUGUAGGUCAUUUAGGUAAACAGAAUCGCCAACAAGGAGAAAAGAAAAAAUAAUUUAAAAUAAUAUAGACCAAGGAGAGUUACAUUUUUUUCUGGAUUUCAUGCCAUCCUCUACCAGCAGCUGUCGUGGUGGGUGAUUUGUAAUUGUAAAUUAAUUUUUAAAUGAAAAUUAAAUAUUAAAUUAAAUUGUAAAUUAAUUUUUAAAUGAAACAGUCACUGUAUGCUGACUGUGUACUGGAAAUGUUCUGAUACCAUAAAUACGUAGCAAUAAAGAAAAUAAAUUUGGUAUUACAGGACAAUAUGUACUUUUUUGUUUGUCCAAGUGUAUACAUUAUCAUAUCCUUGGUAUAUUUUGGUAUAGCACUGUUGUAGCCUAUUGAUAUAUACACCUUUUGGCAGUUUGAAUAAAUUGAUUGAAAUGUGUUUCUUGCAGUUACCUUACAAUUAUGUAAUAUAUCAGUUUGUAUAACUUGCAUUUUCAA